AGUGCUGGUCUGCUGUAUAAUUAUGAAUUAGAUUGUUUUAAUUCAAUUAUGCACUUAACCAUAAUUGGUGAUCUACAGAUCUGCAACCGUUUUGCAUGGUAGAAGCAGAUUAUUGAGCGGUUUUGCAUGUAUUAAUUUGUACAUGGUGUUGAGGCUGAGCUGCAAAUUGAUUUGCUGAGCCGCAACUCAACAGUGUUAGACAACCAGGCCAAGCAAAAUACAGUAUAGUUCACAUAACGCAUUAAGAAAACGCAGUUAAAUAGAUAACGAGCGACUGCAAUAUGGCACAGGGUUUUGGAAAAUUUGGCCCGUUAGUUGGUGCUAUUGACGAAGGUACAUCUAGUGCUCGAUUUAUUAUAUUUAAAGCUAAUUCAUCUGAAGUAAUAGCACUACACCAGAAGGAAUUAGCACAGCACUUCCCACAAGAGGGAUGGGUAGAACAAAACCCACUUGAUAUUUUAGAGGUUGUGAUAACUUGCAUUGAAAAAGCAGUUGAAAAAUUAAUCCUUCUAGGUGGAAGUCCUAAGGAUAUAGUAGCAGUUGGUGUAACAAAUCAAAGAGAAACAACCAUUGUAUGGGACAGAAACACUGGACAACCGCUGCACAAUGCCAUAGUUUGGCUAGACAUGAGAACUACAACCACAAUAGACAAAUUAUUAGAUACUGUCCCAAACAAAACUAGGAACAAGAACUAUUUAAAGCCAUUAUGUGGUCUUCCACUAUCUCCCUACUUCAGUGCAGUUAAACUCCGAUGGCUUAGCGACAAAGUUGAUGUUGUUAACAAUGCUAUGAAAAAAGGAACUUGUUGCUUCGGUACUGUGGAUACUUGGAUCAUUUGGAAUUUAACAGGUGGUGUAAACGGUGGAAAACAUGUUACAGAUGUCAGUAAUGCGUCAAGAACAAUGAUGAUGAACAUUGAAACAUUAAAAUGGGACCCUUUAUUGCUUAAGUUUUUUGAAGUGCCAACAUCAGUACUACCAGAGAUUAAAUCUAGUUCUGAGAUUUAUGGUUACAUUGCAAAUGGGCCUCUCAAAGGUAUACCAAUAUCAGGAUGUCUUGGUGAUCAACAAGCGGCUUUAGUUGGACAGAUGUGUUUACAAAAAGGACAAGCUAAGGCAACUUAUGGUACUGGAUGCUUUGUACUUUACAAUACCGGGGAUAUCCAAGUUAAUUCAAGUAGAGGUUUACUUACAACUGUAGCAUAUCAAUUGGGAAGCAAAAGUCAACCAGCUUACGCUUUAGAAGGAUCGGUAGCAGUCGCUGGUGCGGCUUUGGGCUGGCUUAAAGAUAACAUUGGUCUUCUAGAAGAUGCUAAAGAGUCACAGAGUCUCGCUGAAAUGGCAACGGAUAAUGGCAGUGUUGUGUUUGUUCCUGCAUUCAGUGGUUUAUAUGCACCUUACUGGAGACAAGAUGCCAGAGGGGUAAUUUGUGGUAUAACAGAAGACACAAAUUCUCAUCAUAUAAUCAAAGCAGCUCUUGAAGCUGUUUGCUUCCAAGUACGAGAUAUUUUAGAUGCCAUGAAUGAAGACUGUGGAAUUCCUCUACAAUUGCUUAAGGUUGACGGAGGAAUGACAUCAAAUGCAUUAGUGAUGCAGAUGCAAGCUGAUUUAAUUGGCAUAGAAGUGAUCAAAGCUGGUUUCACCGAAAGUACGGCGUUAGGGGCCGCGUUGGUUGCGUAUUGGGGUGUUGAUGGUAACAACCAAGGGGUUCCCAUACCUAUGACAAGCGGUAUCACAUAUGUACCUCGUAUCACAGAAGAUGAACGUGAUAUGAGGUAUAAACAAUGGAAAAUGGCCGUUGAUAGGUCUCUUGGAUGGGAUCAAAAUUAACAUUUUAUAAAUUAAGUCCAGGUUUUUUUAUAAAUUGACGAUAUUCAUGAUAAAACAGUAAAUAAGCUUGAAGUAUAUAUAAGCGUGAAUGUGGUGCCGGAGGCCUCAUUUUAGUCCCUUUCCCUUUCCGCCCUUUUAAGAGGAAAGUGGAUUUGAUGGUGGAGGAGACGCAUAGGGUAGGAAAUUGUCCUCUUUGUGUGCGUCUCCUCCUCUGUCAAGUAAGGGUAGGCAAGGCAUCUGCAAUAGCGGAUGUGUAUGGGCAGCGGUCGCUUUCCAUUUCGGUGGAUUCAGGUGGCCGCUUGCGAGUCUGCCUCUUUAUUUUAUAAGAAAAAAACGGUAAUUGCUUCUCAUUGACGAUUUAAUGAUGGUAAUGUCAAAAUAUAAUGGCUAUACCUAAGUGCCUCAGAAAUGUAUUUAAAACUUAAUAAAAUGAUACAUUAUUGCAAGAAAUAAUCAGUACCUAUGAUUAAUACUGUAAUUUGGUUUUUAUCAUAAUCUUUGACUUCACCUUCAUUAGAAUACAAAUAAUUUUAACUAAAAACAUUUUUUAUUC